AAUUUAUAACCCCUGCCAAAUCAACUUUUUUGCGACCACUCCUGACUCAAUUUGCCGUCGCCAUUUGUUUCGGAAGUUUGAUUUAUUUUGCAGAUAUUUUGUCGUCGCAAUCCAAUCAAAUCAAAUACUAGUAAUAGUAUAAAAGGGAGUGGAAGAGCGCUUUUCAAAGCUAGUCGCAAACGACACUGCUCGUAAUUCAAUCUCCGAGUAAAAGACGAAAUGGAAGGCACGGUGUUCACCCCUGCAUGGGAAGGGAUGCAGCAUGUUAAGUCGGAAGAUGGAGUAAUGCUAACUAAGCCAUUCUUGGAUGUAUGCAAGCUUAUCUUACCUGUGAUCGAAAAAUUUGGAGCUGCUAUGGCACUUGUCAAAUCUGACAUUGGAGGCAACAUAACUAGGCUAGAGAACAAAUAUCUGUCCAGCCCAACGAAGUAUACCCAUCUAUACACUAUGGUACAAGAAGAAGUUGAUGCUAAGACCGCUAAAGGCUCAUCUAGUUGCACCAAUGGUCUCCUGUGGUUGACAAGGGCAAUGGAUUUCUUGGUAGAAUUGUUCCGUAAUUUAAUUCAUCAUCAAGACUGGUCUAUGUCUCAAGCCUGUAGUGAGGCCUAUGCGAAGACUCUGAAAAAAUGGCAUGGUUGGCUGGCUAGUUCAAGCUUUUCUGUUGCUAUGAAGCUCGCGCCUGAUAGGAAAAAGUUCUUAGAUGUUGUUGCUGGAAAUGGUGAUGUUAAUAGUGAUAUUGAGAAAUUCUGCACCACUUUCUCACCAUUUCUUGAGGAGAACCACAAAUUCUUGGCUAGCGUUGGCUUGGAUAAUCUCAGGGCUUCUUAGAUGAAUGAUGAGUGAGGAAAAUUAUCUUCCUGCGGCUAUAAUUUUAGUACUACCUUGUGCUUACGUAACCUUGGCUUGGGUGUACGUGGAUUUAUAUUUGAGUAUUACAGUAUUUUAGAACUAAAUUAAAUAGCUUAAGACAAUCCAGAUUUUUAUCUGACUUCAGCUUUAUAAAUUUACAUCUCAGUUUUGCUGUUGA